AUGGACGGUUGCCAUCCCGCUCUGUUCCUGCUGAUGAUCGUCAACGUUGAUGUUCUGCAAGGUCAAGAAGAGAGAGGUUGCGCACAGCACUACUCAGUUAAUGGAAACAACCGCACUAAGCCGGUGUGCAAGAAAGACGAGAUUUGCGUCGAACUGGGUGUGAAGAACUUCACCGUUUACGUGGAGGACCAUAGUGUAAGUGUGACACACGAGACCAAAAAAUAGCAAAUAGCCUAAGCGCUGAUCUACUUCAUAAUGAUUUUAAGGCCAACCAACUAGCUAUACGUACCAUCUAGCGUUUUGAAAAAAAAAAUUAUUUAAUAUUAUUAGUAUUUUGCCCCAUAGCAAAUAUUACUGUUUAAGGGACAAAUGAACCGUUUAUAAUUUUUCGCCCUGAGGCAUUCUGUAAAAAAUGAAAAUGCUAUCUUGCACCAUUUUUCAAGGGCUUUACAAUGGUGUAUAACACUUGCCAUUUGGUGAGGUUUAAUUUAUACAUUUUCCUAGUUAGGCUAACAGAGGAAGUACCCCAAGUGCGACGCUCAGAUUUUGAUGAAAUUUGGCACAAAUUCAGAAUAUUUUUUUCUAAACUAUAUACGAGAAUCCUAGCUCGCGCUUUAUAGAAAUACCGACAUUUUUCGAUCGAAAGUUGGCGAAAAUUUGACAAUUUUUGCCGAGUUUCGGCACGAAAAGUUUCGUGUCUAUUUCUACCAUACAGGGUAAUGUUUCCACAAAAAAUCAAUUUUUUCCGCACGAAACUAGCAAAGUUAUGAUCAAAAAGUGUUUUUCCCUCUCACCACCCUCCGAAUUUUGCGUACUCUCUCGGCCGCAAAGAUCGUUCAAUAUCUCGGCGGCGCUUGCAAAGCGCGAGCUAAAAUUGCGCCGCCGCUCUUAUUUUACCAACCCUAUUUUCAGGACUAUUACGAUCCGUUUGAUUACAUGAGCGUUGUAUCGCGUGAGUUGUGUAACAGCAGUGUACGUAAAAAUUCGUUUUCAGGAUACAAAGGCGGAUUGUACACGUAUGAGAACUUGCAGUUGAAAACGGGCAAGCGAUAG